CUGUGUAGCUGCCUUCCUAGGUGCCUGUUUACAUACGUACAUCACCUGCUGACUUUAUACUCAGUUUUACCUGUCACUUUCUACGGAUUACCGGAGCUACCUGACAGUUUUCCACCUCAGUGCACCGCUGCUUGUGCGGGAGGCAAGCGGCUGGUACGUUCCAGGGUCCUCAUAAAGGGUUCGUGCUGUGGAGCGGAGUGUUUACACAUUCAAAGAGGGAGUGGCAUGAGGUACUGUGCUCUGGAGAUAGAGAAUGUGUUUGUCCGGCAGGGAUUCAUCUAAAAUAUCAUCUCCAAGUUGUGAAGAACCUUUUAUUCAGGUUCGUAGAUCUAAACAGGAGAUUGGAUACUAUACAAUGUCUCCAGAUGAUGUCAGUCUGAAGUGGUAGUUCCCAACAUCAGCCCUAGCACAGGGUUGCUUUGGAUAGAUAAUGCCAGCAGAACGUAAGAAGACACCAAACAUGGAAGAAAAAGAUUUUUGCUGUAACCCAAAGGACAAAGACUGUGGGGACAGACGGCCCACAAGCAGCAAAGAUAGAACAAAGGAUGACUUGAGAGUUUCCAGUAAGAGAGAAUCUUCAAAGGGUCUUGAUGAGAAGAAGAAAAAAACUGAUGAUGACAAACGUAAGAAAGAGGCGAGUGAAAACAAAAAAAGGGAGGAUGACCAGAUAAAAAUGGAAGAGGAGCAGAAGAGGAAAGAUCAAGAGGAAAAAAAUGCAGAAGACGAUGAGAGGAGAAGGAUAGAAGAAGAACUUGGACAUCAACAAGAAGCUGCUGCAUUUCAGCUAAAAGAAAAAGAAGAAGCACAUCAGCUGCACCAAGAAGCAUGGGAGCGUCAUCAAGCCAGGAAAGAACUACGCAGCAAGAACCAGAAUGCUUCAGACAAUCGUCCCGAGGAGAACUUCUUCAGCAGGCUGGAUUCAAGCCUAAAGAAAAACACUGCCUUUGUGAAGAAACUUAAAACUAUCACUGAACAACAGAGGGACUCAUUGUCCCAUGAUUUCAAUGGCCUCAACCUCAGCAAAUAUAUUGCAGAAGCUGCAGCGUCCAUUGUGGAAGCCAAGCUGAAAAUCUCCGAUGUUAACUGUGCCGUGCACUUAUGUUCUCUCUUUCACCAGCGCUAUGCAGACUUUCCCCAGUCUCUUCUUCAGGUUUGGAAGAAGCAUUUUGAAGCACGUAAAGAGGAAAAGACUCCCAAUAUUACCAAGCUGAGAACUGACUUGCGCUUCAUUGCGGAGCUAACCAUAAUUGGCAUAUUCACUGACAAAGAAGGCCUUUCUUUAAUUUAUGAGCAGUUAAAGAAUAUCAUUAAUGCAGACAGGGAGUCUCACACACAUGUGUCAGCGGUGAUCAGCUUCUGCCGUCACUGUGGGGAUGAUAUUGCGGGGUUGAUGCCCAGGAAAAUGAAGUGUGCAGCGGAAAAAUUUGGUUUGAAUUUUCCUCCUACUGAGAUCAUUAGCCCAGAAAAACAGCAGCCGUUUCAGAAUGUUUUGAAGGAAUAUUUUACAUCACUGACAAAACACUUGAAGAGGGACCACCGCGAGCUGCAGAACAUAGAGCGACAGAACAGACGAAUUCUACACACAAAGGGAGAGUUGAGUGAAGACCGGCAUAAACAGUAUGAAGAAUUUGCAACAUCUUACCAGAAAUUGUUGGCAAAUUGUCAGUCUCUUGCUGACCUGUUGGAUGAAAAUAUGCCGGAACUUCCACAGGACAAACCUACACCAGAGGAUCAUGGGCCUGGCAUUGAUAUCUUCACUCCUGGAAAACCUGGUGACUAUGAUUUGGAAGGAGGCAUCUGGGAAGAUGAAGACGCCCGCAAUUUCUAUGAGAACAUGAUAGAUCUUAAAGCUUUUGUCCCUGCUAUCUUGUUCAAAGACAACGAGAAAAGCUCUUUGGGCAAAGAACCUGAUUCCAAAGAUGUUAAAGAGAAGGAUUUACCUACCACUGAAGAACUGGAGAUGGAAUUGGAAAAUUUAGAUAUCAAUGAUGAUGUCCUGGAGCUUGAGGGUGUGGAUGAAGCAGAAGAUCUCACAAAGAAACUUCUUGAUGAGCAAGAGCAAGAAGACGAAGAAGCAAGUACUGGGUCCCAUCUAAAGCUCAUAGUCGAUGCUUUUAUCCAGCAGUUGCCCAACUGUGUGAACCGUGAUCUGAUAGAUAAGGCUGCAAUGGAUUUCUGCAUGAACAUGAACACCAAAGCAAAUAGACGGAAGCUGGUCCGAGCACUUUUCAUUGUUCCCAGACAAAGGUUGGAUCUUCUUCCUUUUUAUGCAAGAUUGGUUGCCACUUUGCACCCGUGUAUGUCAGAUGUUGCAGAAGACCUUUGUUCAAUGCUUAAGGGAGAUUUCAGAUUUCAUGUGAGAAAAAAGGAUCAAAUCAACAUUGAAACUAAGAACAAGACCGUGAGAUUCAUUGGAGAACUCGCAAAGUUUAAAAUGUUUUGUAAAACAGACACCCUGCAUUGUUUAAAGAUGCUUUUAUCAGACUUUUCCCAUCACCAUAUCGAAAUGGCGUGCACGCUGUUAGAAACAUGUGGAAGGUUCCUGUUUCGAUCUCCAGAUUCUCACUUGCGUACUAGUGUGCUUUUGGAGCAAAUGAUGCGCAAGAAGCAAGCAAUGCACUUGGAUGCACGUUAUGUCACAAUGGUGGAGAACGCCUACUACUACUGCAACCCACCCCCGGCUGAAAAAACUGUGCGAAAAAAGCGCCCCCCACUGCAAGAAUAUAUUAGAAAAUUGCUUUAUAAAGACCUCUCAAAGGUCACUACUGAAAAGGUUUUGCGGCAGAUGAGGAAGUUGCCUUGGCAAGAUCCUGAAGCAAAGGACUAUGUCAUCUGCUGCAUGAUUAACAUUUGGAAUGUGAAAUACAACAGCAUACACUGUGUUGCUAACCUCCUGGCUGGGUUGGUUCUUUACCAAGAGGAUGUUGGAAUUCAUGUCGUUGAUGGUGUUUUGGAAGACAUUCGAUUAGGGAUGGAGGUUAAUCAGCCGAAAUUUAACCAGCGGAGGAUAAGCAGUGCAAAAUUCCUAGGGGAGCUGUACAACUACAGAAUGGUUGAAUCUGCUGUUAUAUUCAGAAUACUUUAUUCUUUUAUUUCAUUUGGAGUGAACCAGGACGGCAGCCCAAGCCAGCUAGAUCCUCCUGAGCACCUGUUCCGCCUUCGUUUAGUUUGCACUAUCCUUGACACAUGUGGCCAGUACUUUGAUAGAGGAUCCAGCAAACGCAAAUUGGAUUGUUUCCUUGUAUAUUUUCAGCGCUAUGUUUGGUGGAAGAAAAGUUUGGAUGAUUGGACGAAAGAUCACCCAUUCCCUAUAGACAUUGAUUAUAUGAUAAGUGACACAUUGGAGCUGCUAAGGCCGAAGAUGAAACUGUGCAACUCAUUAAAUGAAGCUGUCCGGCAGGUGCAGGAUUUGGAGAGAGAAUUUUUGGUAAAACUAGGUCUCAUGAAUGACAAAGACUCAAAACAUUCCUUAGUCGAGGGAGAAACCCUGGAAUAUGAUGACGACGAUGAAGAAGACGAUGCUGGGGCAGAAGCCGAGGAACAGUCUGGAAAUGAAAGUGAAAUGAAUGAACAUGAAGAAGAAGAUGCAUCUGAAAAUGAAGAUGAUGAAAGAGAGGAAGAAGAGGAGGAGAACACAGAUUACUUGACUGACUCAAACAAGGAAAAUGAGACUGACGAAGAAAACACUGAGGUGAUGAUUAAAGGAGGGGGAAUCAAACAUUUACAAUGUGCGGAGGAUGAAGACUUUAUCCAGGCCCUUGACAAAAUGAUGCUGGAAAAUCUUCAGCAGCGCAGUGGAGAGUCUGUGAAAGUGCACCAGUUGGAUGUAGCCAUCCCCUUGCAUCUUAAAAGCCAACUGAAGAAAGGCCCAACGUUGGGCAGCUGUGAUGGAGAUUCUGAGUCUGGAGAUACUAUGCCUUUUGUCAUGCUUACAAGGAGAGGCAACAAGCAGCAAUUCAAGAUCCUAAAUGUGCCCAUGUCCUCUCAAUUAGCUGCAAAUCACUGGAACCAACAACAAGCGGAACAAGAAGAGAGAAUGCGGAUGAAAAAGCUCACACUUGAUAUAAAUGAGCGACAGGAACAGGAGGAUUAUCAAGAAAUGUUGCAGUCCCUGGCUCAGCGUCCAGCUCCGGCCAAUACAAACAGGGAGCGCCGACCUCGCUAUCAGCAUCCAAAAGGUGCACCAAAUGCAGACCUCAUCUUCAAGACUGGUGGCAGGAGACGUUGAUCCAGCAAUUCAAGUGUCAUUCCAUGGGGCCCUGUAUCUGAAAACCUGGCUAGUGGAGUCCUUCCAUUAUUGAAUGAGACCAGCAGGCACAUUGCAGCAUGUUCAGAAAGGAGCGUUCAGGACAGAAACCUUGAACUGGGCUUGGGAGCAGGAGGGACAGAAAUACAAACCAUCUCUUCAAGUGGACAAGAAGAAGUUUCCAGCCUAGAUAAACAGACACACAGAGUUGAGCGUUUUUAAAAAAACAUCUAAGAAGGCUUCUUGGCAUUAGAUUGGAUGCAAAAACCAUGAAAUGGUUGACCUUAUUAGAGAGCAGUUCACUUUAUUGUAGUUUGAGAUGCUCUUUAAGGAAAAAGGAAAGUGUGGUUGGACAAAAAAAUGAUUAAAAACUGAAAUGUAUUUCACUGUUCGAUGAUUAAACAAAGCUUUAAAGUGCAGAUCACAACAUGAUGUCACAUGCUUUGGAGGACCACACACUGAGAGAUCCAGGAGCUCCAGACUGGUGGAUGAAUUUGUCCAGAAGGGGUAAAAUGAUGGAACCUUCAACUCAACACACAGAACGUUGGUAGUCUUUGAGUGAAUCAAACAUAUUACUUUCAAAAGAGCUUUGUGUUUAAAAGUUGCUUUUUUUACACCCAUUUUUGUGUAAGCUUGAGUGGAUAAGAAAAUGGAUCAGGGAGGAAAGGAACAAAUAUACCAUUAUCUUGCCAUUAUAAGUGUCUUGGACAGAAGUGCCAGUAUGCUUUUACAGGCCACUGUAUAAAGCCUUUGCAGAUAAGUUUCCAGGAAAGGUGCAUAUGGCUGUAAAUCACAACCAUCUCCCAUCCUGAUACCAAUGUAAAUGCAAAUAUGAACUAAAAUAGGGGUUUGCAGCUUGAUGGGCAAGGAUGUGUACUAACAAACUACUGGAAUCUGGCAGGUGAGAAGCAGAUUUGAAAUUGUACACAUGGUAGCUUAUGCCUCAGUAUGGAAACAUACACCUUUUUUCUCUUGCUACUUUUAAUUUUUGCUCAGUAGAAAGUGAAUUGACCAGUUGUUUUUCUGACAGUUCAUUUAUUAGCGUAGACAGGAUUUAGUUUUGCUUUAAUGUAAAUAGAAAAAAAAAAAUCACAUAGAUCUAUAGCACACCUAUGCUACAUAUAUUACAGGGAUUUUUCUCCAGACUAUUUUUUUAAGGUAUUUUGUUGAUUUUACCACUUUUGUUUGGUAAUUCUGCAUGUUAAGUAAUAGAACAAGAAUCCUUGUAAAGUUGUACCAUUUUCAACAAAAAUGCUGCACAAUCUUCACCAGCUUCAGAAAUUUAACUUCUGCCAGCACUGCAAUAAAGUGUAAUAAAUUCAACAUCCUCUUGUUUUCUUUAUUUUAAUGACAAAUUGUGUGCCUGGAAAAUCAUAUCCCAAACUUCUGGAUUUAAAAUCAAUGAAGGUAUAAAUAAAAACACAUAAACCAUGAAA